AUGGUAUUCUGCGGAUUCUUCUCCUUCGCCAUCCCAGCAAGGGAACGGACGUUCCUCUACAGUCAAAAGACUGAGCCUCAGUCGGAAUCCUGCUCCACGUUCACGGAUCUUUCCGGGUCAUUCGUAGCCGCUGCCCGCAACAAUUUCGGGCCAAAAUACCCGUUCAUGAAAUUCCGCGUCCACGACAUCGAAAAGGAGCCGUCGUCUGAGUUGGGACAGCAUCACAUUAUAAUCUUAAGCAAUGCGAUUCACGCGACGCACAACCUCCAGACAUCCGUCGGGAACAUCCGCAAGACGCCGCGGCCCGAUGGCUUCCCCAUGAUGUUGGAGAUGACGCAGCCUCUGUACUGGGUCGACAUGAUAUUCGGCCUGUUCGAGGGCUGGUGGCUGUUUGACGACGGGCGCCGCCACGCCAUCGCGAGCCAGGCGCGGUGGGAGGCAGAGCUACAGGCCGUGGGGUAUGGGAGGGUCGACUGGACUGACGGAUGGAGACCAGAGAUCAAUAUCUAG